AUGUGGACUACAGGAAAAUUUAAAGUAUUUAGGUCUCAAAGCAGUGAUAAUUCAGGAAAUAGCUAUGAGAAGGCUUCACAAAAUUUUGAUUGUUCUAACUUCCCAACAUUCACAUCUAUGUUACAGGAAGCUUCCAUGUCAAGCAGGCAUGUGUGUAACGAAGAUUUUGAUCUGCAAGUUACCGGAGGCUCAUAUGUACCUAAGAAGGAAACUAAUGCUAACUCCAAUGGGGAUUCUGUUCCUCCAGUAGAAAGGCCAAUAUCUGAUCAUUCAAGGGCUAGCUAUGCACGCGGUAAAAUGCCAGUGCUGCGUCAUUCAUCUUCUAGUUCAAGAAGAGAAGUUGAGCAAGAAGAUAAGCAGCAGAAGAGACUUUCUCCAGGGUCGAUCAGGCCUAUUACCAACCGAUUGUACGAUCCAAGCUUUGCUGAAAUUGGUCUACCGGUUGAUCCUCACUUGCGUAUGCUCCUGCGCAAUCCAAAUUUUUGCAACCCUAAGGCUCGCAGCAAGGGCAAAGAGGUGAUCGAUUUGAACAAGUAAUGAUUUCUAAGAAUGCAAGCAAUUGACUUAUAUUGUGCUGAAGUUGAAGCUAUUUUGUCAAAUGAAGAAUGACAUAUGAUAAAAUCAAGUUCAUUGAGGAACAUUCUCAAAUAUUCUUCUUUUUUUUCUUUUAGUCCUUUCAAUUUCAUAAGCAGAAAAGUGUUGAACGUCUUCCUUCAAGUUUAGUUUUAAUUUUGCGGUUUUGUUCUCAAUUUCAAGUUAUUGGUAAACCCCAUUUCUUUGUAGAACUCUUUCAAGGUUGAA